AUGUUCGGGUUCGACUGGGCGCGCGGCUUCAUCGCUCCCUUCGCCGACCGCGACGGCGUGCCGUUUGCAACGCCGAGCGACGCGGUCGAGGCCAUCCUUGGCAUCGUCCUCUCGGCACGAGACGGGGUGGUCGCGAGUCCAUCGCUGAUGGACCUUGGCAGCGGCGACGGCCGUAUUGUUCUCGCCGCGGCUCGCCGCGGCGUGCGUGCUGUCGGCGUUGAGCUGGACAGUGGCCUCGUCGCGGCUGCACGGGCAGCGGCGGCUGCGGAGGGCCUCGACUGCUGCAGCUUUGAGGAGACGACGGUGCUUGAGGUGGCGCCUGCGAGCGACACGCGGCUCGUCGCGUACCUGCUCCCGGCCGGGCUGUCAAAGGUUGCGGCGCGCCUCAAAGCCGCCGGCUUCUGCGGCCUGUUCUUCACGAUCCGGUGGCCCGUACCAGGGGAAGCCCUUUCACCACGUCGCAGCCACCCGCUCCCCAACGGCUGGGCGCUGCACGAGUACGCCUGCGGCGAGGGCGGCGGCGAGGGCGGCGAGGAGGCGACGGAGGAGAGCGGUAUGGUGACUGGCGUGGCGGGCGAGACCGCGGCGGCUGUUGCGAUGGCGACGGCUGCAGAGACGGCGACGGCGACGGCGACGGCUACGAAGGCGACGGCGACGGUUACGGCAGUGGCGGCGGCGGCGGAGGCGGCGGCGAGCGCGGUGGCGACGGCAGCGGCGGCGGAGCAGCAGCAGCAGCAGCAGCAGCAGCAGCAGCAGCAGCAGCAGCAGCAGCAGCAGCAGCAGCAGCAGCAGCAGCAGCAGCAGCAGCAGCAGCAGCAGCAGCAGCAGCAGCAGCAGGAGGAGGAGGAGGGGGAGGAGGAGGAGGGCGGCGGCGGCGUGGCGGUGCGGCCUCGCCGCUCGCUGUUCGAGCGGACGGGUUCGGGGGCCGAGGCGGCGGCGGCGGUACGGGAGGGUGUGGGCCACGGAGCAGACAAGGGCCGGAUGACUGGGGCGCUGCUGUGGGACUCCGCCGUCGUACUCGCCUCCUACCUCGCCGCGUCUCGCCCCGCCGCCGCCGCUCGCGCGCAGUCUCGCCCAAUCUCGGGUGAGCUGGCCGCCGGCUGGCGGGGGGCGUGCGUCGAGGUUGGUGCGGGCCUCGCCCUCCCGGGGCUGACUGCAGCGGCGCUCGGCUGGACGACCACGCUCACCGACCGGCAAGAGUGCCUCCCUCUCCUCGCCGCCGGCGCGGCAGACAACGGCUUGGGCGAGGCUGUGGCCGUGGCGCCGCUUGCGUGGGGCGACCCGGCCGCCGCCUCCGCUCUCGGCACCUUCGAUCUCGUGCUGGCGAGCGACUGUGUGUACGAGGUGGAGUCCGCCGCGCCGCUCGUCGCCUCCCUCUCUGCGCUGGUGCGGCGGGGCGGCGAGGGGCGGGGCGGCGAGGUGCUGCUCGCGUUCGACGAAGCCAUCGGAAGGCACGCUGCGGUGGCCGCCUUCCGCGCGCUCGCGACGUCCAGCUUCGAGUGGGAGGAGCUGGCCCACGAGUUGAAGGAGAGCGUACGGCUCGUAAGGCUCAGGCCGAGGGCGAGUGAAGGCGGGGCGUGACGGUUUGGAGUGUGUCGGUUCAUGUCAGUCUGCCCCCCCGGCGGUGUCCCCGCGCCAUUUUGUCGUAGGGGUUUCAUGUCUUCCUCACGCGC